CAUCAGAAACUGGUCUUCUCACCACCCAUAAAAAGAAAAAACACAAUUAUAUUCUCUAUGGCCUGACGUCUGUGUGCUAAGGAAAGGUCAAGGAAGAGAAAUCAAUUUCUUUUUCAUCAAUUGCUAUGGCUUAUCAAGUGUCUACCCCUGUUGCUCUUCAUUCCCAUGCUUUGUCAACUUCUCUAAUUGGUCUAAACAAAUCUGAUUUCACCUUGGUGUAUUGGAUCUUGAUUCAGCACUUGAGGUUGAAGAGCCUACUAUCACUGAUACUAGCAGUGCUGCUGAAAAGUCCGCCCAUAAUUCUUGGAAGCAGGAAAAGCAAAAGAAACGAAAGAGUGAAACGAUACUCCAAUGGACCCUAGUGCCACCGAAACACUGAAAAAAGGCCGAAGGAGCAAAACCGAUCAAGAGCCGAGCAGAACCCACAAAACCGAUCUAGAAUUCGACGAUGAAAUGAUGAGUCCCUCGCUAAAUUCUUAGAAGCAGAUCCCUUGGAGAGUCGCAUUGCAGAUGCAGCUCAUGCAGCUGAAGACGUGAUUGAGUCUCACAUUGUGGAUCAGAUCACAAGUGAGGGGGAAAAGAUGAGCUCCGACGCCUUGUAUGAAGCUCUAGAGAAGGUGAUCGAAGAUAUGGCGUUGAUCGAAAAGGAGGCCAUGGAAAUCAAAGAGACUGUGGGAGUCCGACAUCAGCUGCACAGAAAAUCAACACCUCGAUCUUCGUCGAUUGGGAAGAAGAAGAAGAGUAGGAUGGUGGGUGUUGAUGAUGUCUUGUAUGCUUUGAAGGAUAAGCUCACUUCUCAUAGCAAAGAUCUACAAAUCAUUCCUAUUGCAGGGAUGGGUGGCUUAGGUAAGACUACUCUUGCUUUAAAUCUUUAUCAAGACCGUCUUAUUACGCACCAUUUCAAUAUCUGUGUUUGGGCUACAAUCUCCCAAGAAUACACCAUUAGAGGAAUUUUGGCACAACUUCUUCGUCAACUAAUUGAUGAAGAAAGUGGUCAUGAUUUGAGUGUGAGUGUAUUAGGAAAUAAGUUGUAUCAACAUCUGUAUUCUAGAAGAUUCCUAAUUGUAUUGGAUGAUAUGUGGAGCAUUAAUGCAUGGGAUGGAGUUAGGAAUUAUUUUCCGGAUAACAAAAAUGGUAGCAGAAUAGUGGUGACAACUAGGCUAUCAAAUUUGGCUGUGAAAUUAACCAACUCUCAUAGCCUUGGGUUAAAACUUUUGAAUGAGGCUGAUAGUUGGGAGCUUCUCUCCAAAACUGUGUUUGGAGAAGAUGUUUGCCCACCUGAACUGGAGGAAAUUGGGAAGAAAAUAGCAAAAGGUUGCAAAGGACUUCCAUUGUCUAUUGUUGUGGUUGGAGGAUUUCUGGCUAAGUCCAAACAUACAAGAGAAUUUUGGGAAUAUAUAGAUGAAAACUUAAAUUCAAUAGUGAAUUUAGAGGAUAAUGAGCGUUGCUUGAAAAUAUUACACAUGAGCUACAAGCAAUUGCCGGUUUAUUUGAAACCAUGUUUUCUUUAUAUGGGAGUUUUUCUCGAAGAUGAAGAGAUUCGUACCUCAAGGUUGAUUAAAUUAUGGAUUGCUGAAGGAUUGCUAAAACCGAUAAGUGGGAAAAGCUUGGAAGAGAUAGCAAAAGACAACUUGGAGGACCUUACUGGUAGGAAUCUCGUUCUGAGUCAUGAGUUGGGUAGCACUGGAAACAUAAAGAAGUGCAAAAUUCAUGACUUGUUGCGAGACUUGUGUCUGAGAGAAGCUGAAAAGGAAAGGUUUUAUACACUCACUCCUCAAGGAAUAGCAAAUGCUGCCCAACGCCGCAUUGUUAUUUUAAAGGAUGAAGAUAUAAACGCCUUGUCGCCCGUGUCACUAGCUCGUUCUUUGAUGUGGAAUCUUAAUGAGAAGCUAGUAGUACCACUGCUUAGUUUGAGGUUACUAAGGUUAUUGGACUCGAGUAGCUAUCGAUGCCCUGCAGAUGCAAAAUUCAUAGAAAACGUGCAUCAAUUAGUUAACUUACGAUUCCUUGUUUUCUCAGCUCCACUUAAGUCCAAUUUCCCUUGUUCAAUUUGGCUAUGUUGGAACCUACAAACAUUUAUUGUUGAUGGCGAGAUGAAGGAGUUUACACCAACUGAUAUUUGGUACAUGCCUCACAUUAGGCAUGUUCGCUUGUUUAGGUUUCUAUUCCCGGAUCCUCCUAACGGCCAAGAUGACAUUAUUCUGGAAAAUCUGCAGUCGUUGGGGAUAGUAGAGAACUUCAAGUGUAGCAAGCAAGUGGUUGAGAGAGUUCCCAAUAUCAGAAAGUUAACAAUAAAUUAUGAUGAGCAAAUUGAUGAUGGCAGAUAUUGUCUCGAAAAUCUUGAUUGCCUAGAGAAACUUGAGUGCUUGGCUUCUUGUUUUCUUGAAGAGAUCAAUCCAAGUGUGAUGAGGCUAAUUAGCUUCCCACAGUCUCUCAAGAAGUUGUAUUUACAAAUAAGCUCAUCUCAAUGUUGGGAAGACGUAUUGGAUAAGAUAGGUGGCUUGGCGUUGCUUGAGAAGCUCACACUUGAAUUCGGGUGCUUCGGAAAAGGGCAGUGGGAAACAAGUGAAGGCCAAUUCCGGAGCCUCAAAUACUUGUGUCUUGGCUGGUGUGAUGGUCUACAAGUUUGGGCAACAGAAAGCUUCCACUUUCCCUGCCUUGAGCAGCUUCUUCUUUUCAGAGUAGAUGAGCUCAAGGAGAUCCCUUUCGAGUUUGGAGAAGUGUCCACACUUAGACUCAUCGACGUGAGAUAUUGCAGCGAUUCAGUUGUCGAAUCUGCUCAAAGAAUAUUAGAGGAACAAGAGGAUUUAUAUGGGGAAGAAGGAGCCCUUCAAGUCAUAGCUACGCUCUGGAGCACCAAUGAAGCACUCGAGAGCUUUGCAAGUCCCAACUUCAGUGUUAUAUGAUACCACAACUAAGGUAGUGGUGGAUGGAUGGGAAAGCCACAAAAUGAAUCCACUUCUUGUAUCCAUAUUUCAGUUGGUACUCAUCUUCAAUGUUGUUUUUUAUAGUUCAACUUAAUUAAACAUGUCUUAUGUUGUUAUAGUUUUUAGUUUUGUUUUAAAGAAGAAGAAUUGACUAAAAUCCUAAGAUUUGUUUAAAAUUGAUGAUUAUAUUAAGUUUGAAAUGUCGAAUAUCAUCUUGGUAAAUCUAAUACUUCCUCUGUCCCAUCAAGAGAAUCCACUUCCAUUUUUCACACAUUAUUCUAUUCCAUCUUAUAUGUAAUUAUUCUAUUUUAUCUUUA